CUUCCCGUACGAAAGCAGGGCGAGUGCAUCAUGCUGGGUCUUAUCGUCUGCUUUUAUUUAAGAUAUUAAAAGAAUGGAAACGCGUGAAAUGUGAAAGAUAGACAGCAAACUCCGUGCGAAUAAGUGUCCUAGAGAAACUGAGCAUCGGCUGCUGUAGUUGACGGAGUUGAGAAACGCGUCACACCCCGUAUUAUUGUGGAGCAGCAGCUUUAAGGCUGGAGUUUAAGUCCUUCACUUUGUGGAGAAUCAGCACCGGCUACACCUGCGGGUCCAUCCGACCUUCUUUCAGAGCAAGAGCCAAUGGCACCAGCAGGCGAGGUAGACGUCAACGGAUGUGAUGGAGAUGAAGGAGAAGCUGAUGCCAUCGCAAAUGCAAGCCUACUGGCCGGGUUCAGUGAAAGCGCAGAGAUCAAGGCCCUUCUCGCUAGCCUGCCGGACCUGCAUGAGGACAGUGUGAGCAGGGAGACUGGAACAGAGAGGUUCUUGGUUAUAAUGGACCGUUAUCAGGAGCAGCCGCAUCUUCUGGACUCUCACCUAGAAUGGAUGCUGAACAUGCUGUUGAAACUCAUCCGGGAUGAGAAAUCUCCCCCUCUGCUUGUUCAUUUAGGCUUUAAAUUUCUCUACAUCAUCUCAAAGGUGAGAGGCUACAAGACCUUCAUGCAGCUUUUCCCACAUGAGGUGGCUGAUAUGCAGCCAGUUCUGGAUCUGUUGUGCAGGCAGGAUCCAAAGGACACAGAGACAUGGGAGACUCGUUACAUGCUUCUCCUGUGGCUCUCCAUGACCUGCCUCAUUCCGUUUGACCUCUCUCGUCUGGACGGCCAUCUGAACUCUGAACCUGGACUAAAUAGAGAACCUAUCAUGGACCGUAUCCUGGCUGUGGCCAAGACUUAUCUUCGAGUCAGUGACAAAUCGAGGGAUGCCGCAUCAGUACUUGUCUCAAAGUUUGUGACCCGGCCAGAUGUGAAGCAGAAGCGGCUAGGUGAUUUCCUUGACUGGACCCUCACGACAAUAUCUCAGGCCAGUGACCUGACCAUGGAGGGAACUGUGACCCUGGAUGGAGCUUUACAGUCUCUAGCCCAGCUCUUCAAGCAUGGCAAGCGAGAGGACUUCCUGCAGUAUGCUCCCACUGUGCUUCAGUGCCUGGACCAGAAGAAGAUAGCGGAAAGCAGCCUGGCCAUGCUGAGGAAACUAGGAGUGAAGGUGGUGCAGAGACUAGGUCUAACCUUUCUUAAACCCCGCCUGGCUAAGUGGAGGUACCAGAGAGGAAGCCGCUCUCUGGCUGUGAACCUUGCGCAGUCCACAGCUGCAGGAAAAGUGUUGGAUGCAAAACCUGAGCUGGAGUCUGGAAGCCGAGAGGAGGAUUACGACAUACCUGAGGAGGUGGAAAACGUCAUUGAACAACUGCUGGGGGGAUUGAAAGACAAGGAGACAAUAGUGCGCUGGUCUGCAGCUAAAGGUAUUGGGAGAGUGACUGGAAGGCUGCCCAAGGAGUUGGCAGAUGAGGUUGUUGGCUCAGUCUUGGACUGUUUCAGCUUUCAGGAGACCGACAAUGCAUGGCAUGGGGGCUGCCUUGCCCUUGCAGAACUGGGCCGCAGAGGAUUGCUGCUUCCUUCACGACUGUCGGAUGUUGUGCCAGUGAUCCUGAAGGCUCUAACAUAUGAUGAGAAGCGAGGAGCCUGCAGUUUGGGCUCAAACGUCCGGGACGCUGCCUGCUAUGUUUGCUGGGCUUUUGCUCGUGCCUACGACCCCAGCGAGCUGAAACCAUACGUCAACCAGAUCGCCAGUGCGCUGGUGAUCACAGCCAUUUUUGACCGCAAUGUCACAUGUAGGAAGGCUGCCUCAGCUGCUUUCCAAGAAAACGUAGGCAGGCAGGGCACAUUCCCCCAUGGUAUAGAUAUCUUAACAGCUGCAGAUUACUUCGCUGUUGGGAACCUGAAUAACUGCUACCUGACGAUCAGCGUCUAUAUAGCAGGCUUUGAGGAGUACACAAAGCCAAUGAUUGACCACUUGGUGUCCAGGAAAAUCAACCACUGGGAUGGAGUGAUCCGUGAUCUGGCCACUAAAGCUCUGCACAACCUGACCCCACAGGCCCCGGAUUACAUGGCCAAAACAGUUGUUCCACAGCUUUUGUCAAUGGCAACAGGAAUGGACCUGCAUGGCCGUCAUGGGGCGAUACUGGCUUGUGCUGAGAUCACUCACGCCCUCUAUAAAGUGGGAGCUGAGAGCAACAGGCCAGUCACAGACUUACUAUCCUCAGACUCCAUCCAGGGUCUCAAGGGCAUUCACCAGAAGCUGUCUGACAGAAAGCAGUACAGGGGUUUUGGUGGAGAAUUAAUGAGACCAGCAGUCUGUGCACUUAUUGAAAAGCUGUCCCUCUCCAAGAUGCCCUUUAAAGAAGACCCUGUCAUAAGUGGAUGGCAGUCGCUGAUAGACGACAGUCUGAGUGGCAAGCAGAGCAUCCAGGAGGCUGCAGUAUCAGCUCUAGCUGCUCUGUGUGAGGAAUACUACCAGCUCCAACCAGGGGUGGCUGAUACACACAUGCAAGAGCAGUUGGUGAGUCAGUAUCUGGCAGCACUGAGGAGUCCGGAGGUUUUGACCCGCUGUGGCUGUGCUCUGGCUCUGGGCUCUCUUCCACGCUUCAUGAUCCACAGUAAACUCCAGCAGAUUUUAGACAGCCUCCAGGAAGCCUGUAGAAUGACACAGAAGGAAGGUUUCGCAGAAGCCAGGAGAGACGCAGCCACAGCGAUGGCCCGGGUGUGUGUAACAGCAGGAGUGUGUGCUCAGGGCAGUCCAGACAGCGCUGUGUGUGAGAAAAAUGUGACCGCCGUGUAUGAAGCGCUGCUGGACUGCAUGAACGACUACAUCACAGACAGCCGAGGGGACGUGGGGGCCUGGGUUCGGGCGGCAGCUAUGACAGGCUUGCUUGACCUGACUCUGCAGGUGGCUGGAUCUGCACCUGAGCUCCUGUCUCCUGCCAUUUGCCAGAGGAUGAUGUGCUGUCUGGCCCAGCAAGCUGCAGAGAAGAUUGACCGCUAUAGAGCCCACGCGGGCAGUGUGUUCCUCCAGCUGCUCCAUAGCACACAGCCUGUAGUACCUCACAUCCCCCACAGGGAGGAGCUUCUGAGCAUCUUCCCUCCGCACAGUGCAGAGUCUCUGAACUGGAAUGCAGCGUCUCAGGCUUUCCCUCACGUUUCCCAGCUCUUGCGACUGCCAGUCUACCAGUACCACACGUUGCUGGGCCUGGCUGUGUCUGUGGGUGGCCUCACCGAGACCACGGUGCGUUAUUCCUCCCACUCUCUGUUUGAGCACCUCAAGGGCAUUCAGCAGGACAGUGCAGCCCUGCUGCAGUUUGGAGACACUCUCCUGCGUAUCUUCAGAGACAACCUCCACAAUGACAGAGUGUCUGUCCCCUUUUUGAAGAUGCUGGACCAAAUCCUGGCUAACAGUUGCUUUGAGCUCUUUGUCAGUGUGGAGAAUCACCCGUUCUGUGUGGAGUUGUUGUCACUGUGUAAAGAGGAGAUUAAGAAAUCGAAAGACAUUCAGAAACUGCGCUCCUGCGUAGCAGUGUACUGUGGGCUCAUCCUGUUUCAGGGUGAUGUAAGGAAGAAGAUUUUGGUGCAGUUGAUGAUGUUGCUGUGUCACCCUUUCCCUGUGAUCAGAAAGGCCACUGCCAGUCAGGUGUAUGAGAUGCUGCUGACCUAUGACGAUGUCAUAGAUGCAGCAGUGCUGGAUGACGUCAUGACCGUGCUGAGUGACACUAACUGGGAGAGUGACCUCACCACAGUGCGUUCACACCGGAACCAGCUCUGCGAUUGGCUGGGAGUGCCACGACCCACUGUGCUGGCCAAGAGUCCAGCCCAGUAGCUGUGUCCAGCCAACAUGAAGCUGCAGCUUCUGGACAUCUGUCAUCUUGUGACACACUUCCACUCCUCCACACUGCACCUCCUUUCUUUUUCUCUUCUGAUCAGCCGGGUUUGUCGUGUUAGAUAACAUUCUGAUUGAUGUUGAACGCCAGGCUGUAUUUUCAACCUCUAACAUGUUACUGUCAAUAAACAAAAGGACAGAUGUGUUCAUA